GUAGCGUUUGCCUACACCCUUCAGCAACUCCCACAGCCACUGCCCCUACACCGGGGACCCCGGCGCGGUCAUGUCGUCCGAAGUCGACGAUUUGCUCGCGGAUCCGGAAUCAGCCCCAUGUCACCAGACGGGGCGGAGGUGUCCGCACUCGUGCACCGCCGGGCGGGGCCUCGUGGCGCUGGGGGUCGUCACGCUGGCCCUUUUGGGCUUCUUCGCUGCCGGAUGGGGCGGGGCUGCGGGCACCCGGGCCAGUUCGCCAACGGAAGAGGUGCAACUGCAAGAAACCUCUGGAUGCCCCGCAGUCUGCGGGGAGUCUGUUGCAUGCACCGAUGGGGCAGUGAAGCCGGAUAUUACCACUAGCACUACCACCUCGUCGCCGCAAGCGAAGGAGGUCUUUUGGAAGCAAGGGGGCGAUCUGCCCGGCGAAGGGACCUGGUUUCUGAACGUGGUCCCGGGGCUCAGUGAUUUCGGAGGAACGUGGCGGAUACGCUUCAGGGCGCAGGUCUUCACCUCCUUCAAAGGCUUUUUCGUCGCGAGCGUUCCGGACUCGACUCAAUUUCCCAACUUGGCCAGCGGAAACUAUGUCAUCGAGACUGAGGUCAACAGCAAUAUCCUCUGCUACCUCAUUCCGGUCGAUCUAGUCCCAAGUUCUCGUUUGGAGAUCUCUACCACGGACUUCGUUGAUGACACCCUCUUGGUCUUCGAACAGGCGGGCGAUGCCGAACCAGCAUGGAGCAUCAGGCUGACCAGAUGGAGACAGAUCCCUGGACGUCGCUUGCAAGGACGUCAUGUGGAGAGAGAAGUGGAGCUCUUUUCGAAUGCCCGGCAAUUGCAAGAAUUCUAUCGUUGCCCAGAUGGGUGCGAAAUCCCAGUGCAAUACGUGAACGACGACUUCUGCGAUUGCUCCAAUUGCGCGGAUGAACUGGAUUGGACCUGCGGCACUUGCGGUGCUCAGUCAGAGGAAGAUGUUGCGACAGGCGCCCGGGUCUGGCAGAGUCUGGCAGAUUGGUCAGGGAGGUUCCGGAAGGGAUCUUGCAAUGACUUCCGAACAAGCAAUUCUUGGUUUGGGCUUGAACACCUCAGCUUUGACAUGUCAGGUUCAGCUCCUCUGGUCUUUUUGCUGCUUUUGCACCUGGUUUUCCUAGGUGUUGGCGUGGGUGUGGGUGUGGGCACCGGUCUGGCCUUGGGCAUUGGCCUGGGCGUGGGGCUGGGCACUGGCUUGGGCGCCGGCACCGGCGCCGCCACCGGCGCUGCCACCGGCGCUGCCACGGGCGCUGCCACGGGCGCUGCCACGGGCGCGUCGAGUAGUGGUGCCACAGGGGUGGUGGGUUUGGCGGCCUUGGCGGCGCAAGGGCUCCUGAGGCUUCGCGUGUCCAACGGUGCUACCUUGCAAGACCCGGAGGUGGUCAAUGCGCUGAAGGAAACCAUCGCAAGGCUGUCAGGGAGCGGAGUUGCUGCUGCGAUGGUGGAGCUCAUCAUCAAUUGUGCCAACGCGGCGAUGCCGGCGGAUUUGCCGGCCCUGCCAGCAGUGAGCUUGCCGGACAGGGAUGGCACCAAGGCCCGGCGGCUGUUCUCUCGCGUGCUGGGCGCAGUGCCGCGGCUGCUGCAAACGACCGCCGCGACCGUUGGGGUGUGCUUUCAGGUGCAAGUGUCUGACUCAUCUGCAGAGGAGAUUUGUCAAACCCUCAGCGGCUAUAAUGCAAACACGGUACAGACCGUGCUGUCCUCGGAGCUGGAAUCUGCAGGGAUUCCUCCGCAGGCGGUCUCCGUGAUUGGUUACGAUGCGACUCCCAACCCUCGCUCUUACAAUCCACUGGAAAGUGGCGAUGCGAGCUUCUUCAGGCCUGCAUCAGGCAUUAGCCUGGUCCGAAUUUAAGGGUUUGCUGGUCUACCUUGAUUUCUUGUACUCCUCUUUCCAAGAUCUGUUUUCUUGUGUCUUGCGGUUCGACCCAAUGUGGAAUGUUGCCAGAAUUCAACCGUGGCCUUCACCAUCAGUGAAGCCCCCAUUGUGCACCCCCCAGUCCUCUCCUGGUGCAACAAUGCUGUGCACCUCUCGUUCAGAACGACCCUCUGUACAGAUUGUUCUCGUCCGACUCAACACAGAGACCGGUCUCCGUCCUCCAAAGCGAGGACGGGUCGGUGUCUCGCUCCUGCUCGCGGUUGCUCCUCGCCGGUUUGGAGACCCGUUUGGAAGCAAAAGGGAGCUCGGUCAGGUGCCACGCUCGCGAGAGCGACGGCCACGCGGCCUCCCACGCGACUCGCGGCCUCCGGGUGUCGGUCGCAGGUGAUGCUUGGUGUUCUCCCAUGUUCUCCAGCCCCAAAGAAAUGGAAGUGUAUAGGGAGAGUGCCGGGAGUCCCCGAAGUGCUAUAGGGGAGUCCCCGGAGUCCCCGAAGUGCUAUAGGGGAGUCCCUCGAGUCCCCGAAGUGCUUAAGGAGGCGGUUUUGUUUUUUUCCGCUUGAAAGAAGCACGUGGUCUGGUUUCCGGUUUGGUUUCACUGAAGGAGGUGCCAGGAGUUCCGAAUUCCGGACUUGAUAGCGGAUCCGGGUCUCGCGGAUCUGGUUCUGGCGCCUGCCGCAGGGAGGAGCCGAACCAGAAGUGGCUCAGAUCCCCAAUGGAAAGAGCCUUUGGCCAUGAAAACCAGAGUGGUUUUGACCACCACUUGGGUCACUUGGUUCUUACGUCGCCCAGUACAGGUUGUGUUCCGGGGGGGGGCUUUCAGUCCCAAGGAACGCCACGGCGGUGGAGCUGGGGUGCGAAACAGGACCAAACGCCGUUUUUUUCCAAUGAAACCAAGAGAGGUAGCCAGUGACCGGGACCAUAGGACCCCGAAAAACCUGGGGUACCCUGGCCUGGGAUAGUCGAACUAGGGUUCUUCAACCUCUGUUGGAAUGUUGACAUAGACUGGGUGGAGCAAAUUGUAAGGGAACCAUGCCAUCAUGUCCACCAUGACUUCCAUGUUUGACUCAUGAAACAAUCCCGGCCGCCACAAGUUCGCCGCAUUCCGCACACCUGCGCGUGUUUGGACCCACAUCCGAAGAAC